AUGUUCCGCCCCGCCCUCAGGCAGUCCUCCUCCUCCAGCUACGCCGCCCCAGAGGUCAAACUCAGCAAGCGCGGCCACAACACCAGGCGCGACUCCCCCUACCCCUACCGCCUCAAUCUUUACGAGCGACCGCCGUCCCUCGAUAUCACUCUUGAAGAGUUUGAAGCGUGUGCUAUUGCCCGACUACGCGUCCUCUCAUAUAUCGAAUCUUUAUCACAUCGGUCAUUACAGUACACCCAGUUCGCGUCCCAGCUCGACAAGUACUCGAAAACCCACAUACCACUCGCCAGCAGCACUGCCAAGAAUGAAAAUUUGGAUGAUCAGAGAAGGCGAGACGAAAUAGGACAUUGGGUCUUGAGGCUGGCGUUCUGUCGCAGCCCCGAUCUUCGACAACGCUACAUUCGCGCUGAAUCUCAGCUAUUCAGGUCGCGAUUCGAAUCGGAUGACAAGCAAGAGAGAGAGGCGUUUUUGGACUCGGUGUCUUUCGGUUACGACAAGGUCGACGAUGCUGAAAAGGCCGAGCUGGCCACCCAGCUCAAAGCCAUGACCUCGUCUGUAAAGGGCGAGCACCAUAGAAACGACGUCUGGUACAAGGUUCCAUGGUACAAUGUCCCGGACCUUGUCGGCAGCCGAAAGGUCUUCAUCAAGGGCGGUUUCGCCUAUGUCCCCCAAUCCCUCCAAUUCUCGCUCGUGCUUCAGCUGUUCUGCGACCGCCUCGAAAAGGCGCUCGAAUUCACCGCCAAAAAUCUCCCCCGGUUGGACGAGGACGAGCGUCUUGGCCCGGUUAUUGACCACCUGGUCGCGUCUUUCUUGUCUGGUAUUGGAGAUGCCGACUACCAGCCCGCCGAGAACGCCGGAGAUACCAUCACCGCCGAUACCAUCGACGAGGUCGCGAGAAAGCAUUUCCCGCCCUGUAUGCGCCACUUGUAUGAUUCGCUCAAGAGAGAUAAUCACUUGAAGCAUUACGGAAGAUUGCAAUUGACAUUGUUCAUCAAGGGUCUUGGUGUACCCCUCGACCAAGCCAUCAUCUUCUGGCGGCGAGGCUACGGUCCCAAGAUGACGGAUGACGAUUUCAACAAGAAUUACAAGUACAACAUUCGUCAUAGUUACGGUCAAGAAGGUAAACGUGCCAAUUAUCCGCCCAAAGACUGCCAGACCAUCCUCACCCAGAACCAACCCAACGGAUCUCAAGAGAACCACGGCUGCCCCUUCCGCCACUUCUCCCCCGACAAUCUCACCACCUUCCUCUCCUCGACCUACCCGGAUCACUUUACGCGCUCCUCCCCGGCCAUGAAGGAGAUUAUCGAUAGCGUAAAGGGGAGCCAUUUCCACGUGGCUUGUACGCGAGUCUUUGAAGUCACGCACGGGGUGAACAGGGGAGAAGGGUUGGGCAAUGGAGAGAGUGUGAGUCACCCGAAUAAGUGGGCAGACAGGAGCCGGGAGAUGGAGAAGGAGGCGGUUGCGGCGGUGCAGGCAAAGGUCGAGGAGUCGAUAGUCGUCGACCAAUAG